AUGGAAAGAGACGAGGCAGCUUCUUUUGCAACGACAUCGGAAAACAGAAGACGACGGUUACAACACAAUCAAAGUCGCAACAACCAUGCUAACAGUAGACGACGUAGUAUUAUAGCUACUAACUUUAAUAAUAGAAGCAUUGCAAACAACCACCACCUUAAUGUUGAAAACACUAAUAGUAACAACGCCACAAGGGCGUCGUCUUCAGUGUCUUCUUCGGUAAACCCAUCGUCGAGAGAGUCGAGCAUUGAAGCGGUUGCAAGUUCGACAGCAACAGAAGCCUCUCGCACAUCAGCUUCAUCAUCGUUAUCGAGUAGAGGGGUAGUUGCUACCUCCGACUCACCAUCACAUCAUUCAUCGUAUUCAAUAACAACGAGCUCACCAGUGUACACAUUCACAGAUGCUCCUUAUGCGUCAAAUCCGUACAUUGAGACACCUUUAUUGAAUGGGAUAUACUCAUCGCUUGAUAAUGCUUCUACGGCUCCAGUAGGAGCAUCAGCACCUAAUCUUAUGCCUUUGCGGCCAUACUUUCCACCACCAAUAAUAUCCACAACUUUUACAUCACAAUUCUAUUCCCCGACAUCACCGUCCUAUUCGCCGACAUCACCAUCCUUUUCCCCCGUAGCUCCUAGUUAUUCACCCACUUCUCCUAACUAUACGCCCGCUUCUCCUUCAUAUUCACCAAUGUCUCCCCCGUACUCACGAUUCACAUUACCACCAUACGCGCCAAACUCUGUUUCGUACUUGAACUCACCAAGCUAUCGAUCUAAUUAUAAUGCCGCGUAUUCGCCCGGGUAUUUUGGUAAUAAUAAUAAUAUGCGUCCUGUAACAGCAAAUUACGAACCUUCGACUACCGCGUCUUCGCCUACUUAUCAGAGUUUCUCGGUGGCGAGUAGUAAUAAUAGUGGUUCAUUUAAUGGGGUUUCAUCGAGCUCUGUAAGGCCGAUGUCUUCGUUGGCGCCAUGGCAGCCUCAUAUUCCUCACAGGACGUCAAGAUCUGCGUUUUCACAUAUUCAACGACAACAAACUCAGGAUUUGAUUGAACGAUAUUUCAAUCAAUUACAACAAGGAUGUGGUAAAAAACCCGAUUGCCCGAACAUCUACUGUGCUUCAAAUAUUAAUGUUCCACGACGUGACCCUAAUGAAGCCGCCGCGUUAGCCGUUACCCUUGCACGAAAUGGAAACUCCCAUAUUUGUGCAAACUUAUUAAAUGAUGAGAGUUCAAGUAAACGUAAUAAAUUACCUCUUGAAAGUCUCGAACUCUCUGAACUGGAGUUGUUGAUUGCAAAUGGUAAAAUUUCACAUCUGAAAGAUAGCAUCAUUAACGUGUUCAGUAAUAGUAGUCGUUUGGCAAAUAGCUUCAAACAGAUGAAUUGUGAAUUCAAAGAAAAAUGCCCGGUUGAUGUUGAGGAAAUUCGAUUGGCUUAUCAUUUAAUAAUACAUAAGUGUACGGAUACUAAAGUAAAAGAAGCUACACUUUCAGGCAUAGCCUCUCUAUUAAAAAAAUUCAAGAGUGGAUAUGAGCUUGUAAAGAACGAGAUUUUGCAUAUAUUUAUUACAAUUUUGCAGAAUCCAUUACUUAUGGACCCAACAAGUCACGCAGAAGUAAUGCCCCUCCUAGUUGACAUUCUCGCAAAUCUAACGCCGAGCAAAAAGCAGAUUCUAAGUAAAUACCUUAUCGCCGAACAACCACCUAGAAAACAUAAUAACGGCGAGUCUUUCUAUAAGAGAUCCGGUUGCGCGGAAUCAGCACAAGACAUGUAUUAUUAUGUUAGUCUAUUUCAUCAUUUCAUCACGUUGCGGCUGCUGUCAAGCAAUGUCACCCCGAAUAAAGAUGAGGCCGUGAUGGAUGCGACAAAGUGUCUCGAUAUUUUAUAUAAAAUCAAUGACGAGAAAAAAAUAAUACCGUUUUCAGAAUUCUAUAAUGAUGCGGUAAACGAGCAGAUUGAGAUAAAAGAAGAUCUUCCGCCAUAUAAACAGCGAGAUGGGUGA